GCAAAGGGCAACGGCAAAGGGGGCAGAAGCCGUCGCGACAAAUCACACGGAGAAAUAACAAAAUACUCACCGGAACGGCGAACGAAGACCUGAGAUUGAAUGGAAUCUGAAUACCACAGAGAGAAAUUGCAGAAGUAUCUGGAAAUGAACCACUCGGAGCAACUCCAGUCCAUCAUUCUCGCUCCGGAUCCUCGUCUUCACUACCCUCUCCAUGUCGAUUUCGCAGAGGUUAUGGACGAAAACCCUGACAUUGCUCAGUUCAUCUUCUCGCAGCCUGAUGAUUAUUUGUUGCUUUUCGACGAAGCAGCGGUUCUGGCACAGAAGAAGAUAUCUAGUCAGUUUGAAGAUGCUCUUGUCAAGAGCAACGUACAUGUUCGAAUUAAUGCCUGCGGUUCUCCUCUUGAAUGCCCAGAAACUUUUCCCAGCAUUGGUCGCGUGCGGGUUAAGCAUCGAGGGAUUCUUCUUACGCUCAAAGGGACUGUAAUUAGGUCUGGGCCUGUGAAAAUGAUCGAAGGAGAAAAGUUGUACGAAUGCAGGAGAUGUAAACACAGGUUUAAAGUUUAUCCUGAGGUGGAAACUAGAAAUUCCAUUCCCAAGCCUACAUCAUGUCCAUCAAAGAAGGCUAAAUUUUGUGAAAGCAGAAAUUUCCAGAUUGUGGAAGAUAGCAUGGUUUGCCGUGAUUAUCAGGAAAUUAAAAUUCAAGAAAGUACCCAGGUAUUGGGUAUUGGAGCGAUCCCUCGUUCCAUUCCUGUUAUCUUGAUGGAUGAUCUUGUUGACAUGGUUAAAGCUGGAGACGAUGUCAUUGUUACUGGGGUUUUAAAAGCCAAAUGGUUAUCAGAUUUAAAAGAUGUUCGCUGUGAUCUUGAACCUGUAUUAGUUGCUAAUCAUGUGAGGCGAAUAAAUGAGUUAAAGUCAGAAGUAGACAUUCCCGAUGACAUAAUCUUGAAAUUCAAGCAGUUUUGGAUAGAAUUUGAAGGAUCCCCUUUAAAAGGUCGGAAUGCCAUUCUUAGAGGCAUUUGUCCACAGGUCUUUGGGCUCUUCACUGUCAAGCUUGCAGUCGCAUUGACACUUAUUGGAGGGGUAGAACAUGUUGAUGCUUCUGGAACAAAAGUAAGGGGUGAUUCUCAUUUGCUUCUUGUUGGUGAUCCUGGUACUGGGAAGUCACAGUUUUUGAAGUUUUCUGCCAAAUUAAGCAAUAGAUCUGUAAUUGCUACAGGGUUGGGAAGCACAAGUGCUGGGUUAACUGUUACCGCUGUUAAAGAUGGGGGGGAGUGGAUUCUAGAAGCUGGUGCUCUUGUGCUAGCAGAUGGUGGUCUUUGCUGUAUUGAUGAAUUUGAUAGCAUGAAGGAACAUGACAGGGUGACCAUCCAUGAAGCAAUGGAGCAGCAAACUAUAAGUGUUGCAAAGGCAGGUCUUGUAACGACUCUCAGUACAAGGACAAUUGUCUUUGGUGCAACAAAUCCCAAAGGACAUUACGACCCACACCAGUCUGUAUCUGUUAAUACUUCUCUCUCUGGGCCGCUACUGAGCAGAUUUGAUAUAGUCCUUGUUCUACUAGACACUAAGAACCCGGAAUGGGAUGCUGUUGUUUCAUCACACAUCCUUGAGGCAGAAACAAAGAGCUGCGAUUCUGAGGAGGAUCUGCACAGCAUCUGGCCACUUCCUAUGCUUAGACGGUAUAUUCACUUUGUAAAGCGAAAUUUUCAACCAGUUCUCUCAAAGGAGGCAGAAAAUAUUAUAUCAAGCUAUUACCAACUCCAAAGACGAUUCGCAACAGAAAAUGCAGCCAGGACGACGGUGCGCAUGCUGGAAAGUUUGAUACGGCUUGCUCAAGCACAUGCAAGGCUGAUGUUCAGAGAGGAGGUGACUCAAUUGGAUGCCAUCACUGCUAUUUUAUGCAUCGAGUCCUCCAUGACUACUUCAGCUAUUGUGGAUAGCGCUGGAAACGCAUUGCACUCCAAUUUCGCAGAGAACCCUGAUGAAGAAUAUACAAAGCAGGAAAGACUGAUCCUAGAGAAGUUGAGGUCCAUGGGUGAAUUUCCAGAUAUAAUCCCGCCCCCCGAACUUUGAACAUGAUGGCGUGAACCGCUCCAUGUUGCAGCCUAAAAAAUGAGUGUUUUAUCUUUCUUUUUUUUUGUACUCACCUCAGUAUAUAAAUGUAUUAUGCUUAACUGCUUAAGACAAAUGGUUCAUAUAAUAAUCAUACCUUUUUUGCUUCCAUCCAAAUUCAUCUCCUCACCGGACCACCGAGCACCGCUGGCGGAGCUCCAACUACUAUUGGCUACAACCUCUGU